GCAUUAUAAGAUUUUCAUCAACAAAAAUUUUUUUAAAUUUGAGCAACAUGAAUGAAUAAAAUAUGUUAAACUUAUUUUUAUUGCUAACUAUAACUCUUCAAGCGAGUUCUUUCACUAAUCUUAAUGCCCCUUCAGAUCAAAUGAAAGGAAUUAAGGAUCUUAUAUUGCGUUUACUACCCAACCAUAAGAGUCAAAUAAGCUUUAAUGUAAUAAAUAACCAUUCAUUAAAAGAUUGGUAUCAAGUUGAAAGCAUAGAUGAUAGAAUACUAAUAUCAACAAACAGUGCUCAUUCAUUUGCAAGAGGGCUAUAUGAUUAUUUGAGAAAAUAUUGUGGGGUUCAUGUUUCAUGGGCUGGUUUUCAGUUCUCUCUUCCCUACAAACUUCCAUAUUUAUUAAAACCUAUGAAAUUUAUCUCAUCCCUGCAAUUUCAAUAUUACCUAAAUCCUUGCACUUUCAGUUAUUCAUAUGUAUUUUAUGACACUUUUAAAUGGGAAAGGGAAAUAGACUGGAUGGCUAUGAAUGGUAUCAAUAUUGCUUUGGCUUUCACAGGGAUAGAAGCUAUAUGGAUAAAAGUUUUCUUAGAGUUGGGCCUUACAAAAGAUGAGAUUUUAGAUUAUUUUUCAGGACCGGCCUAUUUAGCAUGGAAUAGAAUGGGUAACUUGAAGUAUUUAGGACAACAAAAUGAGGACAGGAAUAUUUUAUGGGAGUGGUUUACCAAAAAUCAAUAUAAUCUACAAAAGUUUAUUCUAGCUAGAAUGAGAUCCCUGGAUAUAAUUGCUGUGCUUCCAGGAUUUUCUGGGCACUUACCACUAAAGCCAUUUUUGAGGUUAUAUCCCAAAGCACCUAUAACAAAUACAAGUAUAUGGGGUCAUUUAAAUGGAAGUUUUUGUUGUGUAGGAUUUCUAGAUCCCUCUUCCGAAUUAUAUCAUAAAAUAAAUUAUAUUUACAUACAAACUCUCAAGAAAAAUUAUGGCAAUUAUCAUCACAUAUACAAUAUAGACCCCUUCAACGAAUUGAAAAGAACAUUUAAAAACAAGGAAGAAGUUGCAAAUUUUUCACGAUCUAUAUAUAAUUCGUUGGCUAAAAUUGAUGAGCAAGCUUAUUGGUUAUUGCAAAGCUGGACUUUUUAUGACAUUAAAACAUGGAGCCCCGAGUAUAUAAAGGCGUUUCUAACUGCCGUUCAUAAGGGUAAAAUGAUCAUCUUAGAUCUCGCUGGUGAUAUGAUGCCACUUUAUUCCUUAACUGAUUCUUUUUAUGGGCAACCAUUUAUAUGGUGCGUCUUGCACAAUUUUGGCGGCACAUCGGGCAUGCAAGGAAAUUUGUUUAGCAUCCAACGGGGCUAUAAUUUGGUAACUUCCUCUAGUCCACAUCGAAAUAAAAACCUUCUUGGCAAUUCUUCUAACAGUUGUGUCGGAAUAGGUUUGACAAUGGAAGGUAUUAACCAAAAUAACGUUGUAUACGAAUUUGUGAAUGAUUUAAACUGGCGAUCAGAGAUAGUUUUAGAUGAAUGGAUCAAAGAUUAUAGUUAUCGACGAUAUGGCGUGAGAUCUGACGAUUUAAGGCAAAGUUGGAAAAUAUUAUUACACACUGUGUACUCCCAUCAAAAUGGAGGCAACAAUAAGGUUAUUGACCGAAAUAUACAUCGAAAACAUUCAUUUCCUGGGCAUGGCGAUUACCUUAUAACUUCAAUGCCUUCAAUGAAUCUUGCAUUUGAUCAAAGAACUUAUGAUUAUUCAGAUUUGGAAAUGGUUUGUAAUACAUUUUUGAGAAUUAUGAUUGAUCAACCAUCUAUGAUGCUAAUUGAUACCUUCAGAUACGAUUUGGCUGACAUAAUUAGACAAUGCUUUCAAAACUCUUUCAAUGACCUUUAUCACAAUUUAUUGAGAACAUAUUCUAAUGGUUACAGCUCCAAUUUGAGAGUUAUAAAAGAACAAAUGGCCCACUUAUUUAAAUCAUUAGACUAUGUAUUAUCUUUUCAUAAUGAUUUACGAUUAAUCACGUGGAUAAAAACAGCUGAAAACUUUACAAGCAAGACCAAUAAUUUGUUUAGAAAAAAUGCUUUAAUGCAGAUAACAAAUUGGGAUGUCAACCAAAACAAAUGGCUUAUGGAUUAUGCCAGUAAACAAUGGAGUGGCAUGUUCAACUGUUAUUAUGGACGACGUUGGGAUUUAUUUAUAUUGGAGCUAAUAAAUGCUUUAGACAAUGACACAAUUUUUAUUCAAUCUGAUUUUGAUAUGAAAAUAUGGAACCAGUUACAACUGCCAUUUGUUGCAAAUAGCUCAUCCUUAAAUCAAUGCUUAGAUAAAAAUUAUGAAGAAACUUUUAUUCAUAAAUUCAUAAUAAAAUAUCAAACAUCUAGGAAAAAUAUACAUUUCAAUGGUGUUAUGCAACAAUAUCAUUAAAAAUAAUUGAAAUUCAAAAUAUGAUAUAUAUAUAUCAAAAAAUUAAAUUUAUAUAUUUGUAC